AUGAAAAAAAUCACAUCACUUUUAUUUUUAUUUUUUCAAUUUCACGUUUCGAUACGAUCGAGCCUUUUGCAACCUGAUUUUUCCGUGAAAAUUUACAAUACGGAAAAUAUCAUUCUCACGUUUGACAAUUUGAACGAUAACGACGAUUUAGAAAUGAUACGGGUAUCGGAAAAACCCGACCUUGAUAAAAAAUUAUACAAUUUCCACAGCUACGUCAAAAGGAUGGCGACGUCCGAAAAACCUGUACAGGAGACAGGAAUCAACGAGUAUUUCACGCCGAUGACAUUGGAAAACGAUCGAAAUGAAAAAUAUGAAAAAAAAAUGAAAAAUGUUGGUUUUAAAUGGUUGAAAAAAUUACGAUAUAAAAAAAAGAAAAAAAGAAAAAAAUUUAACAAGAGAGAUGUGGGACAAAAUGAAACCGUGGAAAGCGUCAACGAAUUAGAAAAAGAAUAUCAGGAUUUUUUGACGAAAAUCAAAGAAAACGAUGCGGCGUACAGAUACACUGAUGAAGGUAAACCGGAGGAAAACGUUAAAGAUAUCGUUAAAAAAAUUAUCAAUUUGAAAAUGCCUAAAAAUUGUUCAAACGUCACCGGAAUAGGAAUCGAAGCUGUCGAAUGCCUAAUAAUAAAUUUGCAAAAUAAAACAGUUAAUAAAAAAACGAUGCUCAAACAGUUUCUAUACAUUUUCCUCAUUUGGUUUUGUUUAUAUUUGAUAAUAGCAGUUCCGCUAUGGUGUUCCAAAGGGUGGUGUUGUUGCUGCUUCCGUUGUUCUUUUUGCUUUCCAAUGACCACCAUCAAAGAAAUACAAAAAUACAUAUCUGAAAAUCCACCCGGUGUUUACAUCAAUUCGAAAAAGGAAAUGAAACAAUACCGACCAGACGCCAAGGAAAUUGAAUUAUAUGAAAAAUUAAAAAACAGCAUCGCUGAUUUUUAA